UAAAAAGAAAAGGCAAGAAUCUUAUUUAUAAGGUGCCAUUUUUGAGCAACCGAGCAGGAACUGAUUCUUCUUCCGAGCAAGUUCCUCUCUCUCUCUCUCUCUCUCGCUCGCUCAGGCCUUCUCAAAUCUCUGUCAAACCCUAGGGGAUUGGAAUUCGCCCGGGGAGAUAAGGCUUCAAGAACAGGGAAUCAUCCAUGGCACUGAUUUCUCAUGCAAGUCCAUCAUCCCAUGUCUGCGAUGAGAUAGCGAAGUUUAGAUCAGAUUACAGUAUGAACUUUGGCGUGCCAAAGCAUGGGGAGAUGGCCAAAAUGAGGCUAGAUUUUCUUAAUUUUGCUUCCUCCUCAAGUCCUGCAAAGACUCUGCUGUCUCUGCAUGCUGGAAAUGCAUCACUUGGCUGUAAGAGGGGAAGUCGAUUAAUAUUUGCUGCCAGCCCUCCUACAGAGGAUGUGGUAGUAGCUGCAGAACCCUUGACCAAGGAGGACUUGAUAGGAUAUCUUGCCUCGGGAUGCAAGCCGAAAGAAAAAUGGAGAAUAGGAACAGAGCAUGAGAAGUUUGGUUUUGAGAUUGAGACAUUACGUCCUAUGAAAUAUGAUCAGAUAGCUGAGUUGCUCAAUGGAAUAGCUGAGAGGUUUGAUUGGGAAAAAGUAAUGGAAGGUGAUAGCAUCAUCGGACUUAAACAGGGAAAGCAAAGUAUCUCUCUUGAGCCUGGUGGUCAGUUUGAGCUGAGUGGGGCACCUCUUGAAACUCUUCAUCAAACUUGCGCUGAAGUUAAUUCACACCUUUAUCAGGUAAAGGCAGUUGCAGAAGAGAUGGGGAUUGGUUUCUUAGGAAUUGGAUUUCAACCAAAGUGGGGGCUGAAAGAAAUACCAAUAAUGCCUAAGGGAAGAUAUGAGAUCAUGAGGAAUUACAUGCCUAAAGUUGGUUCUCUUGGACUGGAUAUGAUGUUCCGGACAUGCACGGUUCAGGUUAAUCUGGACUUCAGUUCUGAAGCUGACAUGAUUAGGAAAUUUCGUGCUGGUCUUGCUUUGCAGCCUAUAGCAACAGCUCUAUUUGCAAAUUCACCUUUCACGGAAGGAAAGCCAAAUGGUUAUCUCAGUAUGCGGAGCCAUAUCUGGACGGAUACUGAUAAUAAUCGCACUGGCAUGCUUCCAUUUGUCUUUGACGAGUCUUUUGGAUUUGAGCAAUAUGUUGAUUAUGCUCUGGACGUCCCAAUGUACUUUGUGUAUCGGGAGAAGAAGUAUGUAGACUGCAGUGGGAUGUCAUUUCGGGAUUUCAUGGCCGGGAAACUUCCCUCAAUUCCAGGUGAAUUGCCGACCCUCAAUGAUUGGGAGAAUCAUCUGACAACAAUAUUUCCUGAGGUAAGACUAAAAAGGUACUUGGAGAUGAGAGGCGCUGAUGGAGGGCCUUGGAGGAGGUUAUGUGCCCUGCCUGCAUUUUGGGUAGGUCUCCUGUAUGAUGAAGUUUCGCUGCAGAAUGUCUUGGACAUGACAGCAGAUUGGACUCCUCAAGAAAGACAGAUGUUGAGAAAUAAGGUACCAAAGACUGGUUUGAAGACACCAUUCCGGGAUGGGUAUGUGAGGCAUCUUGCUGAAGAUGUCAUCAAGUUAGCAAAGGAUGGCUUGGACAGAAGAGGGUUCAAGGAGACAGGGUUCCUGAAUGCAGUGGCUGACGUCGUUAGAACCGGUGUGACCCCGGCGGAGAAGCUCUUGGAGAUGUACAAUGGGAAGUGGGGCCAAUCUGUGGGUCCUGUUUUCCAGGAGCUACUAUACUGAAGGUUCUUAGACUGUUAACACUUCGAGUUUCAUCUUCUACCACAGCCUCUGCAUUAUGCCAUCUAGUGGCUCGUUUUCAGUUUAUGGUAUCACGAAAUAAAGCUUGUGAUGUAAAAAAUCCCUUGGCAUGAAGAUUCUCGCGUAACCUCCAUUGAUCAAACCUUCUUCCCAUGUUAUAUACAGUCUGCUCGAACUCGCAAAUGAUUUGGUUUCUUGAAUGUGAAAAGUCUCCCUAGACAUCCAUAUCAUAAAGCAUUGAUCACCUCGGAUCUUUAUUUGUGAUGAA